AUGACCCUUCAACAAGCUGCACACGAUACUUCGGAGGCUUCCUCAGGCUCUACAGUCAUCAAUCAGACAACACAUAGCGUUCUGACGCACCAAUUGGAACUCGAGAUGCAAAAGCGACGACCUGACCAUUUUAUUAUUGGUGUCAUAUGCCGAUCUAUCGGUGGCGUGCCAUCAAACUUGCGCUCCCAGGUGUGGCAAGAGCUUCUCGGUGUUGCUCGUACCGAGCGAUUGAAUCUGGAUCAAAGCAUUUUACAGGUAGAAGAAGACUUGGAUAACCAACGAGUUAUUGCAGCCGACGCAGUAAGAACCAGAAGCAAUGAGCCAAGAUUCCAAGCGUCUGAAACUGUCGAGCUUGUGGUCAAGCUGCUCACUUACUACUGUAAAUGUCGUAACAUUCGAUACAAACAGGGUAUGAAUGAAGUACUGGCUCCAUUUUUAUUGCUCACAGAGCGUAAAGAUGGAUUUAACGAAGAAACACCAUUAGCUGAAGGAGUUGUAUUUCAGUGCUUCUACGCACUUAUCGAUCGCUUUUUACCCCAUAUGUUUAUAGACAAAGAGUUUCAAUCGCUACAGUGCUCGCUUCAAUUGUUUAGACUGUUAAUGCUGUACCAUGACCCAGAGCUGUGCCAUUAUCUCGACCAACAUGAUAUGACACCAGAGCUUUAUGUGACACCAUGGUUUAUGACGCUAUUUGCACGUUCACUACCGCCCGAAACCGUGUUUUAUCUUUGGGAUUUUUUUCUCUUGGAGAAAGAUCCUUAUGUACCGCACUUUGUUGCAUACGCAUUGGUUAAAGCUCAUCGAAAGAAGAUCUUUCAGGCUGACAUUGCUAUGCUGCCUCAAGUGCUAAGCUCUCUCACUUUCUCAUCUUGUGAAGAGCUUGAGCAAAUUUGUGCUGAUGCACUUCUCAUUUCCGAGUUGACUCCAAAAUCGUUCAAGAGAGACUUGUUUUUUUCUUGCCAUGGAGGCUAUCCAGAUGCCAUAACGCUUUUUUUGGAUCAUCUUCACGCAAGCUCCAGUCUGCAGGUCUACCCUGAAGAAUUAGUGCAAAGUUUUAUGGCGCGAUUAGUCUUUCAGCAUAAAAAGAAGCUUGCGGUAGAGCAAACAUCGAGCGGCGAGGAUUCUCAACAAGAUCCUUUGAACUUGGAAUCAUUGUGGUCACCCUCGAAGGAUCAGGAGCCGCUGCUGUCCUCAUAUUCUGAUAUUGAUGGAAAAGAUGGAGCAAAGGCUUUAAAGUUUAUCCUCCUUGACUGCCGACCAGCGUUGGAAUACCACAAAUUGCAUUUGAGCCUCUCCCACCACAUAGAUCCGGACAUCAUGGAACGGCCAGAUGCGUUGGAUCGCCUUAUGAAGGGUUUUGCACGCAUGAAAGGCUGCCAUUUUUGUUUUGUCGGGCCUUCUGUCGAUUCAGCGUCCGAAAAAUUUUCAUUGAGUAAAACAGUAGUAAACCCGAUCACUCUCUUGAGUAGCCUUACUUCGAACGAUAAGUCUGUGCAAGAGUCAAGCCGAAAGGUCAACAAAAUUCACGGAGCUGCAGAGAUCAUUGGAUCCGUACAAUCCGUGCCUCCUUUCACGUCGCCUUCUUUUGGAUCAGCAAUAAGCGCGAGCGGACCAGGUAUCUUAGCUAGCGAAACUGCCAGUCAUGAGACGUCUUUACUUCAUGUGGAGCACGUAUCUGUGACCCGAAUAGUCCUGAUGUUUUUGCAAAAAGGCUUCAAAUACGUAAGUCGUCUUGAUGGUGGAUUUGAACAGCUGGAGAAGAGUAUCCAGAGCAUGGAUGUGUUUACUAAGGAGCAACUUCUUGUUUCCUCUUCGUCACUUCGACCGACAGCUGAAUUUUGUAUGUGCUCACCUAACUCGGUUCAUAGCUCACCAGCAGGUGGCUUUAAUUUGCUCGCAAGAAUUGGUAUCAAUCGGUCGCGUACGCCUUCGCAAGAUGAUACAGCUACCGAGGACGAUGUCAGCUCAUGCUCUGAAUUCCAUAACACGAGUUGCCGUCAGUCUACGAAUAAGUUCAGCCCCCCCUCUGUCCUCUCAGCAUUUCAUAACAGCAGGUGCUCAAAAAAAGAAAAGGAUGAAACAUUGAAACCCACGAGUGGAGCGGUCUCAACGCUAUCGCAACGCCUGACGUUGCUCAAGGCGGCUGCGAGAGACGCUGUGUCAUCAACGUCAUACCAUUUAAGUAGAGCGAACAAUGAUGCUCCUACCGGUGCAAGCAAGGAAGGGUGGAUCGAUUUGCGUAUGCAGACAAUUGAUAUUUUAGAGAAAAGCGAAAGGAAUCCGGUUGAUGUCGAGCUACAAUCUGGGCCGAUUGGAAUUUCAUUUCAAAAGUCUCGUACUACAUACAAAUAUCAAGCAGUUGUGGAUAGCGUGGUUCCAGACACUCAAGCAUCAGCCUGUGGGCUGAUCAGCACUGGAGAUUUACUUGUUGCAAUCAAUGGCGUAAGCUUAGAGGAUACACCGUUUCUAACGGUGAUUGAUCGUAUCAUUGAAGCGUCUCGUCCAGUAACGUUGCGCUUCCUCACACCAGCAAAAGUGCGCAGGAAGUCUAAUUCAUUGUCGAAGAUUUCUCCACUUGCACCGACUCUGGUUUGUGCAACAAGGCACUCGCUGUGUAUAACGUGGGACAACACGUCUCUUCCGGUAGCGUCUCGGUCGGUUGCGCGCUACCAGAUUCAGUAUGCAAAACUGUCAGGCGAUGAGUUCACUUCUUGGCUUCCAGUUGCAAUGAAACAGGAAGGGACAACAUCCGAGGUGACUACAACAGGCAGUACUGACCAGACGAAUGGGACGAUGGUUGGCCUCGAACCAGGCGAGUCAAUAGUCUUUCGUAUGCGUUGCUGGGACGGACAACGGUGGGGCCCGUACAGCUUAUCAAGCAGCUCUAUGAAAACUUUGAAGAUUAGUUCAUCAAGCUCUGCAUCAUCGACUGAACCAUCAAUCUCUUUGAGCACUAAGAAUGUAAGUACCUUAGUUUUCUUACCUGGUGUGUGCCCAGAAUACGUUGAGCGUGGUCGAUAUUUUUACCGCGUACUACUGGCAUUUCACGCUCGCGAUCGCCCAGAUUUUUACGCCACGAAAUUAAGUAUAAUUUUGAAGAAGGGUGCUGUCAUAACUGGAUCAGAAAGGCUUGUUUGUCCAGGUACGAACCAGGUUUUUGUAAGGCUUGACCUCGGAGACGAUGACGACAUCGUUCAUCAAGAUCAAAAGUACGAGCAAAAUGGUGAACUUAUUUUACUUCAAAAUGGACAUUGGGAAGCAGAUAUUGACACAAACGGACUCUGGGCCUUUGAAUACACUCCUGAUGGCGCUGUCGUCCUGGAACGACUUCCAGAGUGUGCAAAUGAUGUAAUUGGACCAACAUUUCAAAACCAAGCCAUUUCUCUGGCUCAAUCGUUUUUUCAACCCAAUGGCAUUGCAUCAUCUAGCCCAAGUGGACCUUCAAACCUUUGCGGCAACAGGAAGUCUGAUCGUACUAGUUUAAUGAACUCUAUGGCUAUCUUCGCAGCUGGCGAAAGCAACGCCAACAUGGCAGCCUUGUCGGCUCAUGCUCCUGUUGCUCCACAUAUCGGAGCGGUGAUCGCAACUUCUAGCUCCGAAGUGGUUGUGACAUGGGAUCCGGUGAAUGACGUAAGCGUGACAAAGUACCAAAUUCAGUAUGCAAAAGAUCGUUUGGCUGCCAUGUGGUGGACAGUGAAGCCGGACAUUAGCGCGGAUACGCUCAAGUCGUCUGUAUCGGGCUUGCAAGCGAACACACUUUAUCUUUUUCGUGUUCGCAGCGGCACAGAAGACAACAAGUGGAGCCCAUAUAGUGAGCCAAGCGAACAUUGUCGCACACUCCCAUGUAAACGACUUUCGACAAAUUCUCUUUCGAGUGAUGAUAACGAAAAAAACGAAACUGAGCGAUCAAAUUUAUGUAGUAAUGAUGAGCAAUUGCUUAGCACGACAUUGAUGUCAUCAGCUUGUGAGAGCGCUCCAAUGCGAACUGGCAGUACGAUUCUCGACAAAGCUGUUGCCGUUGCCACCCGGUUGAAACGACAUUCACACAACCCAUCAAUGACAAUGCAAGCAGAUGGGGCUGCUCAAAAUAAUGAAGAUGCAAUGCAAAUUUGUGAUGGAGGAAAUACGGAGUUUGCAUCGCGCUUUAUCGAUUUGUCAAAGUGGAAAUCCUUAUCCAAUAAAAAUCUCAACUUCUUUUCAGCGAUUAGAUUUGUAGAGCAGGACGAAAAUGCUCACGGACAAUUGAGUCAGUUGGGACAUCGAGAGCUAGUUCUCACGCCUUCGAUUCUCCUUGUGCUCAAUUUGAUGGCAGCGAAACGCAAGGGCUUUGCGCUGGUCGAAGCGAGAUACGACUUGACGUCAUUAAUAAAAGUUGUUGAGAAGGAUGACCUUGAUCUUUCACUCGUCUUUUACUUUAAGGAUCAGGCGAAUGUUAAAUUCAAAUCUGCUGAUAACUUUCAGCAAAGUGACCGGCUUAUCGUCGCUGUAGACGAUGCCAAGGCCUGUGUACAGCUCGUACAGGAAUACCACGCAAAGGUCAAGUUUGAGAAAUAG